AUGUUUGACCAGUCAGCCGGAGAGAACUACUUCAGGUUUAAAGUGGGCAAAGGCAAAGUUAUCAAGGGCUGGGAUCAGGGCAUGCUGGGAAUGAAGAAGGGAGGCAAGCGACUGUUGAUUAUUCCUCCCUCGCUGGCGUAUGGAUCACAAGGGGUCUCGGAGAGGAUCCCUCCAAACUCAACACUGGUUUUUGAGGUUCAAGUUAUGAGGGUCAAGCUGCAGAAGGGAGAAUCUCCUAGUGCAUCCCCAGCUCCGUUGCCGUCAAUGACCUCCAUGAAUGAUCAGGAUGAAUUUGACGAUCCAGGGGUUAAAGGUCGGACAAGAUCAAUCAACGAACAAGUUUCCCAAUCUCCAGACAGUGGUAAAGCCAAACUGAUCUCCCGCAUGGCCAGAAUGGGACAACCCAUGUUGCCCUUCCAAGGAGCAGUCGCAGCACAACCUGAAGACAGCGAUGAAGAGCUGACAACUAGUUUGAUUCAGCAGUUUAGACAAGAAUCUUUAACUAACUUAACUGUACUGCUAUUUGGUCAUGAAACUUCUUGCCAUGCAGUGCAACAGACCCUGCAGCCACAUCAGCCUCAGUUCCAGCAAGGAGUCGCACAAACAAAGCCACCCCUUCCAACAAAACCCAGGUCGUCCUCUGGAGUCGGCAUCAACUCUCCAGUCGGUCAACCCCUCACCCAGCCCCAACCGCAAAUGUUGUCAAACCCAGGCUAUGCCAUGGUCAAUGGACAGCCCAUGGUUAUAACUUCCACUAAUGAUAUGCUACAGUAUCAGCAGCAGCAGCAGCAACAGCCGGCAUUUCUUCAAAACCUCCCUGGAGCCCAGCAGCUAGCUAUCUACCAGAACUCCAAUUCAUUCUUACAGCAGCAGCAGGCUGUCUUGUUGCAGCAGCAGCAACAACAACAGCAACAGCAGCAGCAGCAACACUUAUCUGCGGCCGCUGCUGGUGUGACAGGUCAUCUGUCUGCAUUUGGAGUGCCGAUUCCACAUACUCCACCUGUUUCACAAACUGUGACUUCAUCAUCAUCAGUAGAUGCACUUGCUCCAGUUUUGCUGUCGGAAACCAGACAACAGAAUACAGAAGUCAGAAUUGGGCUGUCCAAAAUGUCUGACAAGAUUGACAAGAUUCUAGAUAAGGUGGAGCAGCUGAAUACAGCUGGUCUGGGGGCACACAACCUGGCAAUGAUGACCCCGUAUGGAGGAAACUUGCCAGCUCCUUCUAUGGAGGCCAAUGUUCUCAUGCAGAAUGUCUCCAGAAUCGUACAGGAAAAUGACAGGCUGAAGAAAGAAGUGUAUGAACAAAGCAACAAAGUCCAGGAACUCAACGAUAAAAUCUCCACCUUGCUGGAGAAGAAUCAAAAGUAUGUGGAGCAGAGUCAGAACCUGCUGGAGCAAAGGAACGAGGGCUACAAGAGCUCCGCCACACAGUCACAGGCUCGCGUCCUGGCCCUAGAGCAGGAGAAG